CAGGCUCAGACCCCAGAAGUAUGGAAAAAAUGAGCUUGACUACCACGCAAAUGAAUCCACUCAAAUGUUGGCAAGUGGAGCAGAGUCCCAGGACAGGUACAGAAACACCCCCAGUUCAAGGAUCUUCACACCUGGAUUUAGGCCUACUCCUGCAAUUACCCUAGGUCACAGCUCUGGCUACACUUUCUCUGUGAAGCUGAUGCUCAGGUCCGAAAGUGGCUGGCUGCCCAUCCUGUGACUCCUCCACUGCUGGGCCCACCUGGAGCUGGAGUCUGUCACCAUGCAACUGCCUUCUUGUCUGCUGUCCUCUACAGACUCCUGCGUCACUCAGAGCCUAGUUUUGCUGUCACCCAGGCUGGAGUGCAAUGGCGUGAUCUCCACUCACUGCAACCUCCACCUCCCAGGUUCAAGCAACUUUUCGGCCUCAGCCUCCCAAGUAGCUAAGAUUACAGGUGCCCACCACCACUUCUAGCUAAUUUUUGUAUUUUCAGUAGACAAGGUUUCACCAUGUUGGCCAGGCUGGUCUCAAACUCCUGACCUCAGGUGAUCCACCCACCUUGACCUCCCAAAGUGCUAGGAUUACAGGUGUGAGCCACACUGUGCCUCCUCCUUAUCCUUAACAAAAAAUUCCAAUACCUACUUUACGCCUUUUUUUAUCAAAGAAAUGCAUUAAAGCACCAACUGCCGUGCCAGGUACGUAAUAACAGCUCCAUAGAUACUAGCCACCAUGUGCAAAUCAUUUAAUAGUCAUCCAUAGCCUAUUACCACAUCAGUCAAUAGGCUUAUUUCAAUUACCAAUUCUGAAUAAAGGAUAGUGGCAGAUGACCUGUUUUAACAAAAAAGUCCCCUGGGUCACACCUUUUGCCGUGGAUGCAUCACUUCCCCACCUCGGCUGCCAGCCCAUUGAUGAGUUGACCUCACGAUUGUUUUGUAAGAGCCAUCUGUCCCCUAAAAGUCCUCCCUGAGGAAGCAGCCAGCAGAACUGUGUAGGCUGGUGGCCAGAGGUAGUAUAGAGUGUGUUUUCACUGGGCCAGGGCUGUGAUUAAACAGAAAGAACCCGGUUGGAGUAUCACAGUGUAAACAGAAGGUGAGGCACUAUUAUGUACUUCAUUCUAUUUGUGGUGAAAAUAUUGCUGCCAAAUGGGUAGAAAAAUGUGUUUAGGGUAGCUUUAUAUGAAUUUCUCACACACUUAUCCCCUCCUUGAUUUUGCCUGUAGGAAUUAGGAGAGUCAGCCCCCAUCUUGUCAGGCAUGAUUUUAGAAACUCUGGGAAAGGCAUGCAACCCCACAUCACUGCUAAGCCUAUAAAUUCCUAAACUAGUUUGAGCCUGUUUAAAAAAUAUGCCAUAUGUUAAGCCUGGCUCUCUCCAUAGCAUGUCUCCCUCAGUGCCUGCUGGCAUCACCACUUUAAUUCUAAUUAAUGGGACCGCCACCUACCCUGUCCCCUGAACAGUAUCCCUAGCCUGCCUCCUCUCUUAAUUCCAUCUCUCAUGCUCAACCAUUGUAUUAACUCUUGAUUGCUUCUUCUAGAUGGCUCUGGCACUCAGGUCUGCCUCUUCCUCCCACUGGCAUCUGAAACACAGCAGCCCUGAGUUCAGCUCUUGGUCUUCUGGACUUCAGUCUCGUAAGCCUCUGCUCCACCCUCCAUAUCAUAUCUGCACCAAAGCACAAUACCAGCAUUCCCUAAAGGCAAGGGUUACUGGGGGUGAUUGCAGUGGCUGCCUGCCACACUCAGUAUCUCACAAAUUUAUUUAUGUUUUGUUAAACCAUAAGUGUGUUCAGAUUGUUCUCGUGUGGUAAAUCAUUUGUUGUGUUUGCAUUAGCUGCUAGUGUUCUUUCCCUAUUUCCUUGCUCUUCUGGAAGUAUUUCUUCUUUGUGACAUUCAUCCUGAGCAUCCUAGGAGAUACUCUAGGAUUUGAAAAUAAUUCUUAUUAUCUAAAGGGUGAAAGCAAAAUAGGACUUGAGUAUGUACUUUCUCAUUAACGUAAGGUCAUAAAUGAAAAGAUACCAUCUAUUAAAGAUAGUAAGAAAUGUUCACAAACAGUAUAUGCCAUUCAUUAUGGAACUUGGUAGAAGCUCCAUGUGUCAUGCAAAAUGUGCUCUGCAGAACUGCAGAGGAGGGAGGGAUAACUUUCAACUGGUGUGAUUGGGAUCAUGAGGAACUGGUAUUUGGGUUGGUCCCUGAAAUUAUGCAAACCACUUUGCAGAAAGAAUUGGCUGAUGCCUGGCCAGGCACGGUGACUCAUGCCUGUAAACCCAGCAUUUUGGGAGCCCGAGGAGGGCAGGUCCCUGGAGGUCAGGAGUUCAAGACCAGCCUGGCCAACAUGGUGAAACCCUGUCUCUACCAAAAAUACAAAAAUUAGCUGGGCAUGGUGGCGCAAACUUAUAGUCCCAGCUAUUUGGGAGGCUGAGGUGGGAGAAUAGCUUGAACCCGGGAGGUGAAGGUUGCAGUGACCCAAAAUUGUGCCGCUUCACUCCAGCCUGGGAGACAGGGUGAGAUUCUGUCUCAAAAAAAAAAAGAAGAAUCAGAAAGAAUCUAGUUUCCAGACUCUAUCACCAAGCAAUUUGGAGAGUGAAGUUGAUAUUUACAGAAAAAGAGAAGAGGUACAAGGUAUUAAUGUUAUCAAGAUGGUAAAGAUCUUAAAGUAAUGUAAAGAUUGGUUGAGAACAUCGGGGAAAUGGCCCAGACUAGAGAUGAAGAUGGAAGGUAGCUGUAUGCAGACAUAGAUAACCACAUCCCAAGGAUCGUAUGAAGCCAGCAGAGGCCCACGAGUAAGCAUCUGGAAUACAGUUGGGAGUAUGGGAGCAUCAACUGGCCUUCCCCCAUUUGUGAAAUGCAGAUAAGUGUAUCAACAUUAUUAAAUUACUGCAUGAUUCAAAUGAAAUAAAUGCAAGUAAAUUGCUUAGCACAGUGUCUAGAAUAUAAUAUGUGCUCAAUAAAUCUGUUAUGAUGAUGUGACAAUGAUUGUGAGGAGGAGGAUCGUUGUGAUCAUCAUCAUUAUGAUUGCCAUGAAAACGUUAAAUUCUUGAAGAUGCUCCCUUUUGGGGACUUCAAGGACAGGAGAAGGAAGAAAAGUUCCAUGAUGAAUCAAAGGCGGUAAGGGGAAGGAUAGGAGGAGAAAGUGGAUAGCGGAUGUCUGUUAUAUCGUGUUACUGUCAGCUUGUAUCUUUUUCCAUUAGACUGGGAAAUAGUGAAAAUUCAGAGCCUGGAGAGUCAAUAUUGUUUAUCUUUCUUUCCUGCACAGCACCAGGUCCUAAGACCCUAGUACAGAGCAGAUGUCCAUGAAGUUCUCUGGACGAUGAAUUGAAAUGGAGGGAUAGGUGUCUGAAAGUGGCCUUACAAGGCACAUAUUGUACAAUGGUCAGGUUGGAAGAUUACAGACAAAAAACUCAUUGAGCUGGGGAUGUAAAAGGCUUGGCUGAGCUUAGGAAGAGUAGUUUGGACAGAUUUCUUGAGAUGCUAGGAUGCAAUGAGUUUAGGGACAAUGGGGUGAUGGAAAAGGGUACACACCUAAGUAUAGACACCUACACAUGAGUGUAGACCACCAGCAGGCAAGGAAUGGCUCUGAGAGCAGGCAGAGGAAUGACUGGCCAUGCUGGCUUCAGGUCUCAAUGCUGCUAUUCACUACAGCAUGUCAUUCAACCUCUCUGAGCCUCAGUGUCUUCAUCUAUAAAAUUGGGAAAAUGUCUGCCUUUAUUUGUAUAACUUAUAUAAUGGUGGUUGUGACAGAAUUAAUGGCUGCAAAGAGAAUGACUGAGCCAACCUUCAUCUCAGACUAUGUCAAGAUGAAGAAGAGUUGAUUAUAAUAAUAGUUGGGUGAAUAGAUUCCCAUGCUCUGAGCCCAUGCCAGAUUCCAUAUGCUGCGAGCCCAUGCAGCGAGCCCAUGCUCGCUAGAUUCCCAUGCUGCGAACCCAUGCCAGAGUCUUGAUAUUGUUAACCGAGGGUCACGUGGGUGAUACUUGAGUGAUACAUGGGUCACAUGGUAAUUUGCAAUGUACAAGUCAAUUUCACACCAUUAACUCAUAGGGCUUUCACUGUGACCUAAACAGGAAAGGUACUGCUCUCUGUGCUUUGUUGCUGAGUUACAGAUGCUCACAGAGCUUAGGUAAUUUAUUCGGGUAAACCCAUGCCAUACAUGGUAGGGCUGAGUGAUAGCUCAGUGACGCCUCACUUCAGACCUGGUGUUUGCCUUCCACAUAGCUCUGCCCUUAAGCCAAAAACUUGGAACAAUCACAUCUCUGCCCCACAUUUUAAGAACAAGAUUUAAAAAAUAAUAAUUAAAGGAAAGUUUGACAUGAACAAAGGUGAUAAAUAACUAAAGUUUCUCUUCCUCGUUCAACCUAAUCAAAACUGUAGAAAUGCUGACUGUGAGAGCUACAAGGAAACCAAGCACAUAGGUACAGAAACUUGCAGGAUCUGCAGUUCCAAGCACUGUGACUCAGAGCCAAGGGGCAGGGAGCGACAAGACCCGGCUCUCGUUAGUGUUGUAAGGCUUCAGACACAUGAAUCUAUUCACCCAACUAUUAGACAGUACAUGUGUACUUGUUAUCACUUGAGAAGCUAAAAGUAUUUAUAACAUAAAAAGGAUUAUAAUAAGUCAAAAAGAGGGCAAUUCACAGUUAUCAGAGGCUCCCUGGAGUAGAGAAGUAAAUUACAGUCUCUCUCUUCUAUUGUUUGAAAUUUUACCAUAAAAAUGCAUUAUUUUACAAUUUUCUUAAAACGUAUAAGUCCCCCUCAAAACUGAUUUUGUGUGUGGGGAGUAUGUCCAAACUUGAAAAGGCUGAUUUUCAAAGCCCAAUCUCCAAUUCCCAGCUCUCAAAUUAGUUGACAAGAAAAAGUGGCACUUUUUCCUCCCCAAGGAACCUUUAUGAAACAGUGGUGUUGCCAUAAAAAUGCCACCCAGUCUGUGAAGGAACAGGUUAGACCAGAGGUUCACCUGUGGAAGUCUAUUCUCCGUGUGGAAAAGCAAGUCGUCUCCAGCGUCUGACUCUCUGCACCCCAGGCUGAGAGCUGGUGCUAAUCCUCUACAACACCCAAUGCCAUUGUUAUCUCUGACAUAGUAAGACUGUGAAGUCAGCACCCAUCCCACCCACAAUCACCUCCUUCCCCCAUUUGUAAAUAUCUCCAAUUGCUUUGUCUCAAAUCAUGAACUUAAGAGGAAGGUUAGAUUUUAAAAAGAAGCAUCUACAUAUCUAAAGUCUUAAAUCUGCUGAUUGAGCUCCACUCUUGGCUCAAAGAGUUAUCAUUGAGUUAUGAUGAGUUAUCUUUCUUCUACAUUUCUGCAGCCCUGUGCUUGAACUCUUCCUAUGACUCCCAUUAGAAUCCAUCCUAAAUUUAUCAUUUGACUGUCUGCCCAUCUACCUGGCCCUACAUGGAGCUUCUGGAGAGAAAGAACCAAGACUGGUCCCUCUUGGUAUCUCAUCCACUCCACCCUCGCCUACACUGAAAACAUGAUACUUGUCCCUAUAGUAUGUGUUCAGAGUUUGCUUACUGAAUCUGACAGGUGUGGUGCACCCAAAUUCUGAACACACGCUCCCAGAACUAACACACCCUUGAUCCUUAGUGGAUCUGUUAUAAUCGCAUUCACAUGAAGCAGCAGCUGGGAGACAUCACGGUGACUUCAGCUCCCAAUUGAAUUGUCAUUGACUUACUUAGCUCCCAACUGGUAGUCAACCAAAUACAACCCAUCCACUGGAUUCGUCAACAUUUAUGUUUAAUAGCUUUUUUUUUUCUUUUUUAGCGUUUUUCCCUCUAAACAUUCAAUCUAUAUCCAGGGGAAAUUAUCUGGCCCCUGGACUGCCUUGAAUCCUCCUGAGUCAAGAGUAACUUGAGGUCUUAAAUGUCUAUUCUGAAGCCCCUCUCUUGCACAGGGACAGUCAUUGACUAGAAGGAGAUGCCAGUCUAUUAAAUCUAUCAUCCCAGCAUCCUCUUUCUCUGAUGAAGUAAAAUUAAACACCUUCUUUACUCAUAAAUUUGGUAGGUUUUAGACAAUGAUGAAAAAUCUGACAUGGGCCACACACAGUGCCUCAUACCAGUAAUCCCAGCAAUUUAGGAGGCUGAAGCAGGAGGAUUACUUGAGCCCAGGAGUUCACAUCUGGGCUCAAAACCAGUCUGGGCAGCAUAGUGAGACCCAGUUUAUUUUCUACAGAAAAUUUAAAAUUUAGCCAUGUGUGGAGGCAUGCGUUUGUAGUCCCAGCUACUCAGGGGGAUGAAGUGGGAGGACCUCUUGAGCCUGACAGCUCAAGCUGCUGUGAGCUGUAAUCAUGCCACUGCACUGCAGCCUGCACAACAAAAUGAGACUCUGUCUCUCAAAAAAAAAAAAAAAAAAGGGAAAGAAUGACACAUUUCACUCAAAUUAUAGCACUCCAUCAUAGGCCAAGGGCCAGGUGGCAGUCAGCUAACCUUGAAUGUACCCCAUUUUCCUCCCUUACCUCACUACCAAAAAGCCAGUCCUAUUGCCAGAUAUUGAAUAUGUCCAGGGCUGGAUUUAUUUGGUCCCCAGGAGGGUCUUAGAUUCUCCCAGCAUUUUAGGAAGAGGAAAAAAGCUCCAAAGUAGCAAAGUACGGACAAGUCAGCCCCCAGCCACAUGCCCUGAGACUAUUCCCCCAAGGGGGCAUUCUUGCCCAUGCCAGCCCUAUCUGUACCCACAACCCAAUCUGACCCACACCCAGACAAGCCCCUGGAGCCCAGAGAGUACCCAGACAGCCACACAUUCACAGGGAGCUCUGCCUCACCACAGGGUUCCUAAUUAACUGAGUGAGUGGGUGUGUUUUGCAUGGUGACAGGCAUUGGUAUGAUGCAUCAGGAAACAUGUCAUAGUGUCAUCACUGUAACAUGACAAGAAUUGCAGCCAUGGCUGGAACCUUUAUAAAGUGACCAAGCACACCUUUCCAUCCAGUCUCAGCUUGGGGUGAAGCCUGGCAGCUAUGAGGAUCCAUUAUCUUCUGUUUGCUUUGCUCUUCCUGUUUUUGGUGCCUGUUCCAGGUCAUGGAGGAAUCAUAAACACAUUACAGAAAUAUUAUUGCAGAGUCAGAGGCGGCCGGUGUGCUGUGCUCAGCUGCCUUCCAAAGGAGGAACAGAUUGGCAAGUGUUCGACGCGUGGCCGAAAAUGCUGCCGAAGAAAGAAAUAAAAACCCUGAAACAUGACGAGAGUGUUGUAAAGUGUGGAAAUGCCUUCUUAAAGUUUAUAAAAGCAAAAUCAAGUUAAAUUUUUCUCAAAAAAAAAUUAAGAGCUUGAUUUUUUUUUUUUUUUAAUCUGGUUAUUUUGGUAGUUGUUUCCAAACAAGCAACUGAGAAAAUCUUAAGGACUCACCUUUCAUUCAAAGAAAGUAGAAUCUCUGGAGAAAUCUAUAAGGGAGCCCGACCUUAUCUUCCAAGGGUUACCAGGUUCUAUUCCUCCUUUGUGAACGUUAUGCCCCAGUGAAGUUGGACUCUUCACUCUCUUGAAAUAUGCCCUUUGCUUUCAUGUCACCCAAGCCUUGGGCCUUUUCAGUGCCUCUACCCCAAACGGCAUCUCUCCACCAAAUCUAUCGCUAAGGUUUUCAAGCAGCCCUCAGGGACUAUCCCAAUUCCUUCCAAAAACUUUGUCUUCAGAGAAAUAAGGAAACUGGCUCUUCCUCAGAUAUUCACUUUGCUUUCUCUCACCCAUGUCUCUGCUCUGGUUGACGUCAUGUCUGCCUCACUCCUCCGACUUCAUCUCUAAACUUUAACCUGUCCUUCAGGGACCAUCUCAAAUUUUAUCUCCAUCUUAAAAACACCGGUGAUUUCCCAAAUUCUUACAGUCUUUCCUCUGGUUCACCACAGGGUUCUUUUUAUUAUUAUUAUGAUUAUACUUUAGAUUUUAGGGUACAUGUGCACAAUGUGCAUGUUUGUUACAUAUGUAUCCAUGUGCCAUGUUGGUUUUCUGCACCCAUUAACUCGUUAUUUAGCAUUAGGUAUAUCUCCUAAUGCUGUCCCUUCCC